UUAUAAACCAGAACUUUUGCUGCACUCUCUUCAGUUUGCACCGAUUUUUUGCGAAGCAUUAGAAUACGCAAACUAUGUUUCGUUUAAUAUUUUCUUUAAGUGUGCUGAUCGCGCUGGGUGGCGCUUUGGAUCUGAAUCAUAUUGGACCCUAUAUUGAUAUACCGCUUAAACCUUUAAAAACAUCAGCUGAACGUAUACGUGAGCAUGGCUACCCCGCUGAGUCUCAUUUCGUGGAGACUAGUGAUGGUUAUAUACUCAACCUCUUUCGCAUUCCCUAUUCGCCACGUCUGAACAAUCAGCUUGAGCGCAAGCCUGUAGUCUUCAUACAACAUGGACUCUUCAGUUGCUCCGAUUGCUUUUUACUCAAUGGUCCGGAGAAUGCGAUCGCAUAUAAUUUCGCGGAUGCUGGUUUUGAUGUUUGGUUGGGCAAUGCGCGUGGUAAUAUUUACUCGCGCAGCCAUUCCACCUUAACGACGAGUAACCCAAAAUUUUGGAUGUUCAGUUGGCAUGAGAUCGGCACCAUUGAUAUGCCCGAAUCCAUUGACUAUGUGCUCGAGCAGACCGGUGAAAGCGCAUUGCAUUAUGUUGGUCACUCACAGGGUGGCACAGUUUACUUUGUGAUGCUUUCAUCUCGUCCGGAAUAUAAUGCAAAAAUAAAAACCGGACACGGUUUGGCACCCGCCGUCUAUAUGGGUAAUGUAACGGAUGGCAUUGUUGCGGGACUUGCACCUUAUGUGGGCUCACCUGGUGUGGGCGCCGAUUUGUUGAGCAAUCAACCAUUCGUACCGUACAAUCCGCAAGUGCAACGCUUACUGGAUUCCGCCUGUGGUGGCGAACCAGCUUAUCCCAAAUAUUGUGAAACGCUAUUUCUAAUGUGGGCCGGCAAUGAGCAGUCAAAUCUUAAUGCGACUUUACUACCUCAACUGGCCGAAACACAUCCCGCCGGCAUUUCGACUAAUCAAGGCAUACACUUCAUCCAACUUAAAGUGUCAAACAAGUUCCGUCAAUAUGAUUUCGGUGCGAAGAAGAAUCAACUAAAAUACAAUCAGGCAGAACCACCAGAGUAUCCGCUGGAAAAGAUCACCGCCGAUACAUUCCUCUACUACGGUUUGAAUGAUGGUUCGGCCAAUGCGAAAGACAUGAAACGUUUGCCACAAUUCCUACCAAAUCUGCGUCUGUUCCAUGAGGUUCCCAACCCUACAUGGGGACAUUUGGAUUUCAUUUUCGCCAAGCAAGUUAAACAGGAAAUCAACGAUCCUGUGGUACAGUAUUGUAAAGCUUAUGAGGAAGGAUAUUGAAACAAGCAAUAAAGACUUUAAAGAACAAUA